AUGCUCUCGACGAUAGAUAACCUCAAUGUCGCAGACUUCGUGUUCGGCAUCCUUGGCUUCAUCAUGGCCGCCAUGGCCACCAGUUUGAUGCAGCUCAUCAGGAGCCGUCUACCCCACGCCCGCCUGCAGGAAGUCGACGAAGCCCUCGUGGAGGCCCUCGCACACGUGCAGAUGCUCGUAGACGGCGAGAAAAUCACCGAGGAGAGGGCAGUGAAGGCGCGUCAGGGCAUCGCCAAGCUGAGACGACGGUAUAGGGAUCUCUGGUUGGAGGUUGAUCACUGGACGGCCCUAGGCUGGAAGCGGUUCAUGCAUCCGACGUUCAAAGAGCUCCGGUGCAGCUGCAGUGAUCUCCUCAAGCGCAUCGCCACGCUGCGGGACGGGCUCCGUCACCAGGAUCCGCCGGUGUCUUCGGUCAAACACGCUGAACUCUCGCGCACAAGUCUCUUAUCGACACUCUCCACGAGCAACUCCGUAUCCUCAAACUCCACUGAUACCCUCGAGCCCUCCCCCUUACUGUCUUCAUCUCCGUCCACGAAUCUGUCCUCGUGGAACGUCGUUGAGCUCGACGCCCUCGCGCGACCCCCCAAAACCUAUCAGCGCCUCAAAGUGCAGCGCUUCACGCCGCAGGAGAGCCAGCUGACGCAGACUGAAAUUACGCCUCAGCCUACCGCGACCGCGCAUGACUCGGAGCACAGAUCGACGUCUACCGAACCCGACUCAAACUCCUCACCCGCCAGUGCAUCUUCCGUCUCGGAGGCUGCACUCGAUCAUGCGUCCACAGAACAAGAUGUGCACACGGUAGCUCUCGAAGCAGAGAGGCAGAAGGUGGAAGAUACGACACUUCCCGAGCCCGUCUCACGCGCCUCUUCGGCCAGUCCAUCCUCGAUCCCGGAGUCCACGUCCGAUUCUGCAUCCGCAGAAGAGGAUAUACAGACUGAGUCCCUCGAUGAUAUGAGGUCGCAGGAGGUGGAGGAGAUGCCCGCUUCGGAAACCACCCUAGGUGUUGCAGUCGUAAACGAGCAACAGACACACGCUUCAGGCGUGGAAACACACCUGACACAAGGCACAAGCACCGUCAGAAGAAAGGGCCGUCGGACACACCUUGACUCGGGACCGCACAAGGGCUUCAGGAUUUUCUCGUUUCAUGAUAUACCAGAACUACACAGCAGAAUAUUGGGCGGGGAAGACCUCGUCCCCGAUUACGGCGAACGCCAGGUGGAGUCACUCAAGCGCCUGACCAUGGAAGAGUACAGUCGGGCGAGUGCCUGCGCUGCCUAUACCGGAUCAAUCAUAUACUACACGACCAACCCCACUACUACACGACCAACCUCACGAUAG